ACACCGGCAGCGACCAGCCAGUGAUCGACCGAGGCAGAUACUGACUAGGAGCAGAGAGCAGCGGAGAUGGUGAAGAUUCCGAGCCCCAGGAGGCUGUUCAGGAGCCGGUCCAGGAGCACCACCAUCAUCGGCGGCGGCGGCGCGGACAUCUGCGCCAUGGUCGCCGAGCACGAGAGGAUCGAGUGGGAGGUGCGGCCCGGCGGGAUGCUGGUGCAGAAGCGGCGCUCGACGGAGGACGACGCGGCGGCGGCCGUGGAGUACAUCCUGGUGAGAGUCUCCACCACCGGGUGGCAGUGGCACGACGUCUCCAUCGACGCCACCGCAACCUUCGGCGACCUGAAGGUGAUGCUGUCGCUGGCGACCGGGCUGUGGCCCAGGGAGCAGAGGCUGCUGUACAGGGGCAAGGAGAGGGACGACUGCGAGCACCUGCACAUGGUGGGGGUCCAGGACAAGGACAAGGUGCUGCUCCUGGAGGACCCGGCCGUCAAGGAGAGGAAGCUCAGGUCAACCACCUUGGCGCAGCUCAUGGGCGUGCCCUGUCACUCCUUCAUCCAAGUGUAGAGAGAAACCCCCGGGGAAUAUUUCUUGCCAUUUUUCUCCCGUCUCGUCGUCGUCGUUCUCCAAUUUGCCUGCGUGAGCGAAGGGUUUCAGUCCAGUCUAACCGCGUUUGUUCAGAGCCUGCUGAGUUCCAUCUCAGGGCUUGAAUUCGGCCAAUCGAAUCAAGACAGUCGCAAACGAUAGGAUAUAAAGAUGAUGGAUACAUGGCGUAAAUUACUGUGAACGGGUACGUAAUGUCAUCCCAGUGCCAGUGUGCGUGAGCCAGUAGUUCUUUGGUU